AUGGGAGAAGGAGAAGCAAAAGCAGAGCACGCAGCGAAAGCAGAGCACAAGAAUGCUCCCUCCGCUUCUUCAACGCCGGAAUCUUACUCCAAAGAAGGCGGCGGAGGAGGUGGAGGCGCUCUCCGUGCAAUCUGCGGCGCGAUCUUUACCAUCCUCGUUCUACUCGGAAUCAUCGCUUUAAUCCUCUGGCUCGUCUACCGCCCGCACAAGCCACGUCUCACCGUCGUCGGAGCCGCGAUCUACGAUCUGAAUUUCACGGCGCCGCCGUUAAUCUCAACAUCCGUUCAGUUCUCCGUUUUGGCGCGAAACCCGAACCGGAGAGUCUCCAUCCGCUACGACAAGCUCUCGAUGUACGUUACCUACAAAGAUCAGAUCAUAACGCCGCCGCUUCCGCUCCCUCCGCUUCGUAUGGGACAUAAGUCGACGGUGGUGAUAGCUCCGGUGUUGGGCGGCGCCGGGAUACCGGUUUCGCCGGAAGUGGCUAACGGGUUAAAGAAUGAUGAAGCUUACGGCGUCGUUUGGAUGAGAGUGGUGAUUUUAGGGAGGCUACGUUGGAAAGCCGGUGCGAUUAAAACUGGACGGUAUGGAUUUUAUGCCACGUGUGAUGUGUGGUUGAGAUUUAAUCGAUCUUCUAAUGGACAAGUUCCACUUCUCGCUCCUUCAACUUGUAAAGUUGAUGUCUAG